AUCCUUUUCAAUUUCCCGCCCUAUCUAGCUAGUCGAGGAGUAAUUUUGAAGCGAAAGAACAUCAUUGAUCGAUAUCAAUGGCGGAGAAAAGCAAAGUUCUGAUCAUAGGAGGCACCGGUUACAUCGGAAAGUUUGUGGUGGAAGCGAGCGCCAAGGCCGGCCAUCCUACUUUUGCUCUGAUCAGGGAGAGCACUGUCGCGGAUCCUGCAAAAGCAAAACUCGUCGAGAAUUUCAAGAAUUCCGGAGUCCACUUGAUUACUGGAGAUCUUUAUGAUCAUGAAAGUUUGGUGAAGGCGAUUAAGCAGGUGGAUGUCGUGAUUUCGACGGUUGGCCAAUUUCAACUGGCGGAUCAGGUCAAGAUCAUCGCUGCAAUCAAAGAAGCCGGCAAUGUCAAGAGAUUCUUGCCUUCAGAGUUUGGGAUGGAUGUGGAUCGAGUCCACGCAGUUGAGCCCGCAAAGUCAGCAUUGGAAAUAAAGGCCCAAAUCCGGAGGGCAGUGGAGAGGGCAGGGAUACCCUACACCUACGUGUCCUCCAAUUGUUUCAAUGGGUACUUCCUCCCCACACUCAUGCAGCCGGGGCUCACCUCUCCUCCCACAGACCAAGUCAUCAUUCCUGGCGAUGGACGACCCAAAGCAAGUUUCAACUUGGAGGAAGACAUCGGGAGUUACACCAUAAAAGCUGUGGACGACCCAAAAACUGAGAACAAGAUUGUGUACAUCAGGCCGCCCAACAACACCUACUCCUUCAACGACCUCGUCGCUCUGUGGGAGAACAAAAUCGGCAAAUCCAUACAAAAGCUUUACGUUCCAGAGGAGCAGCUCCUCAAGGACAUCCAAGAGGCUCCACUUCCAAUCAAUGUGAUUUUGGGUCUGAACCACUCUGUGUUUGUGAAGGGAGAUCAAACCAACUUCGAGAUUGAGGCAUCCUUCGGGGUGGAGGCCUCGGCGCUGUACCCGGAUGUCAAAUACACCACUGUUGAUCAAUAUCUCUCUCGAUUUGUUUGAAGCAAAAUAAAAUUUGGGGUGUUUUUAAUUUCCUGUGCUUUGCUUUGUGGGGGGUGUAGUAAUAAAUUUCUGGAUGGCUUUUUCGUUGCUGCAGACAGUGUCAUGGGCUGCUCUUUGUCUUUGGUUUCUGCCUGAUCUUGUCAUUCCAUAUAUUAUGACUUUGUGCCCACAUCUGUGUUGUGUUUUUUAUAACUUGUUCUAGACUACUUUUAAGUCUUUAA